GGCACUUCCGUUUUUAGCCUCAAAACCGUACGCCUGUCGAGACGACGUGUCACGUGACGACGCGAGCGAAGGGCGCGCCGUGUCGCGUGACGACGCGAGCGCCUGAGCCUGCGCGUGUUCUGAGUGCGGUUUUGCGCCUGCGCGACGUGUCAUGUGACGGCGCAAGCGCCUGCACGUGUUCUGAGUGUGGCUUUUUGAAAUUUUCCACCGGUUGGUGUUUGCGUUUUCUGUUUUUUUCCCUUUUCCCCAGAGAUGGAGACUUUACACAUUGAGACUUCCACGGAUUUAUUUCGCCUUUUGAAUUAUGAAUAUCCCGACUUGGGUAUGAACGUUAUGAUUCCUUCCGAUAUAAAAUUUGCGAUUAGGAUUGGUUUGCAACCGGUAGAGGCGAAGUGUAACAAGUGCGACAGCGGCGUCCGUAAAAUAACUUUUAGAAAAGACACUGGUUCGGUUUAUUUCCGAUGUUCCAAGUGCAAGGAAAAAAGUUCGGCGUUCGAAGGUACUUUCAAGGGAAAACGUGGCAAGGUGUCAUGGCGGACAAUCGUCAGUUUCCUCUGGCAUCUGAUUUGCAUAGAUGGCUCGUUGAAUUCGGCGUGUUCGGCCGUCUCGGUGAGUCGCACUACCGGCAUCGACUGGGCUAAUUUCGUUCGGCACGCGAUGAUGAUCGCUCUUUUUAAUAUGACAAGUUUGGAAAUUGGCGGUCCCGGAAAGACCGUAGAAAUAGACGAGACGGUCGUAAGCAAGCGUAAAUACGAAAGAGGAAGAAAGCUGAAAGGGACAAAGUGGGUGGUCGGCGGAAUUUGCAGAGAAGACAAGAACUGUUUUUUGUGUUUUGUAAACGAUCGCUCCGAAGCCAGUCUGAAUUGGAUCGUCAGCACUUUCGUACGGUCCGGAUCUACGAUUCAUACCGACCAAUGGAAGGGAUACAGCAACAUCGGAGAAUUAGACGGAAUAGAUAUAAAACACGCGACAGUAAAUCAUUCGAAAAACUUUGUGAAUCCGUUGGACGGCGUGCAUACGCAAAACAUCGAAAGGCUGUGGGGGAUUUUGAAGAACAAAAAAUCUGCCCCUACACUAUACCGAGGAACUUCGAGAUUCGUAUCUGUACGCUUUUAUGUACAAAAAGCAUAUGAAAUGGGAAAGUCUCAAGCCGGGUGAUCGUUUCAGAAUUUUCUGCGAACAUUUAAGAAAAAUGUAUCCAGGAGCGGGCCGCGAGCCCGAAUGGAAGGAGCCAGAAACCGUUCCGGCAGCCCCGGAAGCGAUGCCGAAGAAGCAACCAAGCGGCGAGACGAGCAACAGCAGAAAGCGCGCCAGAGUCGGCGAAUGACUGCGGACAA